AUGGCCUCGACUGCGACCAACGGCGACGCCGCCGCCGUGUUAGACGAACUCAAGCCUCCUACCGGUGUUGUUCUGCCGCCUCGCGAGAUUCGCAAUGUUCUCGAAAAGACGGCAGGUUACGUCGCGCGAAACGGUCUCAUCUUUGAGGACAGAAUUCGCGAAAAGGAGCGCUCCAAUCCUAAAUUCAGUUUCCUCAACAACACAGACGCAUACCAUGCAUUCUAUCAGUGGCGCCUUGAUGAGAUCAAGGCCGGCCGCGGUACCGCCAUCGCCGCAGGACGCGCCAACGAAGCAGCAGCACCCGUCGAGCAGAAGCCUCAAGGCCCGCCCAAGCCUCCCGAUUUCCAGUUCUCAGCCCGUAUGCCGCGCAUCAACCAGAAGGAUCUCGAAGUUAUCCGAUUGACCGCCCUAUUUGUCGCCAAGAACGGUCGCCAGUUCAUGACCCAGCUUGCCCAACGCGAGGCAGGAAACCCCCAGUUUCAGUUCCUCAUUCCGAACCACACGUUCCAUAACUUUUUCCAACAUCAGGUCGACCAGUACACAGCGUUAUUGAGAGCCAGCGGCUUGGGUGGCGAAGGCGGCAAGAUUGAGCAAGAGAGGAUCAGCCAUAUUCAGCAAAACAUCGACGACAAGUACCAUGUUCUGAGCCGCGCGAAGCAACGUGCCGAGUACUCAAAGUUCCAGGAAGUUGAGAAGGUGAAGAAAGAGGAGGAAGACGAGAAGAAGAAGCUUGAAUUUGCCCGGAUCGACUGGAACGACUUUGUGGUUGUCGAGACUAUUGUCUUCACCGAUGCCGACGAGUCCGCGAACCUGCCGCCUCCGACGAACCUUUCCGAAUUGCAAUACGCUUCCCUUGAAGAGAGAAACAAGGCAUCAUUAACCAAUCUUCGCAUUGAGGAGGCCAUGCCCGAUGAGGAAACUUCGUACAAUGCCUACCCCCAGACCUCCCAGACAUUACCAGUCCACACUGGCUAUGCGCCGCAGCAGCAGCAAUUCCAGGCGCAAGCACCAGCAGGCUUCCAAGGAUAUUCAGACGGCACACCGCGACGAUCGGCAGAAGAGGAGGAGGAAGAGCGGAGGAUCCAGGAGAGGACAGAGGCACGUGCACGGGAACAACAAGCACGCGCUGAAGCACGUGGUGGAACUGCUCCGAUGAAGAUCAAAGAGAACUAUGUGCCCCGCGCACUCCAACGAGCGGCCAACAAACAGAGUGUCCAGAUGGCUCUGUGCCCGAAUUGCAAGCAGCAAAUCCCCAUGGAUGAGCUGCAGGAUCAUAUGAGGAUUGAACUGCUGGACCCUCAAUGGAAAGACCAAAAGGCAAAGGCAGAGGCUAGGUACUCGACGACCAACUUGUCCACGGCGGAUGUCGCAAACAACCUGAAGCGUCUUGCCAGUCAGAGAAGCGACGUCUUUGACGGCGUCACCGGCCAACCCCUGUCGGAAGAAGAGGCGGCUCGGCGCAAAAAGGCCACGAUUCACAGUUUCGAUGGCAACCCCGAGGGCAAGAGCCAGGCUCAUAUCAACCAUCUGCACAACCUGAAUGUCGAGGAGCAGAUUCGUGCUAUUCACCAAAGAUUUGCGGACAAGAAGUAA